CUUUCACUGCGAGGAAUUUUCUAGACGUUACUUUUGAUAAUUUCACUGUUGUAAUGCUCUUUGUGAUUUACCCAUAAGGAAAGCAGGCAUUUGAAUGUUAGUGAAUUUCAAUCAUCAGUGAGUUUGUUAUACAAAAUUUUGUCUUAUAUAAAGACUUGUAUUGCAAAAUUUGAGAAGCUUCAUUGUUUUGAAAGCUUUCUUUGACAUAAGUACUGCAAUUGGAUAAAGGGUAAGUUUGAUUUGAAUAUUGUUUUUCUUUCAUAGUAUGGGAUUUAUCUACCUUUCUUCUUUUUAAUAUUUGUAUAUAAAUUUCUGAAAGCUCAUAUGAGAUUGUUGGGAUUUUGGAUAUUGCUGCAUACCAUUGAGUUUCCAUAAAAAAAACAAUGUGUAAUUUUGCUGAUCCAGCACUCCUGUUUUUUAAGGCAUAGUAGGAUAAAAAGUUAAAAGCAACCAAAGAUGCCAUUUUUAUUGAUUGAGUAAGCUUUGUCAGUUUUCUGUUGCUCUUGUAGGUACAUAUAUGUAUUUUUUUUUCAAAUUUUGGUCACAUUUUUAUCUUAGCACAUGGGGUUUGUGUGAACAUGGACAGGAAUCUCACUCCUCCACUUAUUCCAUCUAGUGUGUUGUCCAUAAUAUUUGGAUUGUAUAACUUUGUGUUUCAUUGCAGGUCCAUUCGCCACUUGCAAGAAGCUUCACAAACUGAUGGGAAAGCUGCAGUUAACCUUAGGAAGUUGAAACUCUUUCGUCACUUCUACAUCAUGGUUGUUUGCUACAUAUAUUUCACACGAAUCAUUGUUUAUCUGCUAAAGAUCACAGUGCCAUUCCAGUACGAGUGGUUGAAUGUAAUGUUUCGUGAAAUGGCUACGUAUGUCUUCUUUGUCAUGACUGGCUACAAGUUCCGUCCAGCCACCAACAAUCCAUACUUCAGGGUAUCUGAAGAGGAGGAGGAAAUGGAAGAAGUGCUGACUACAACUGGCCUCACUGAGGGUGUCACUCGUGUCAACCAGAAGGGAAGAGAACCAACCAAGGAAAGUCUUGAAGUUGAGAUCUAUGAAGAUGAUGAAGAGGUCAAUCUUCUAAACACAAAAGAGUCAUCACAUGAUUUUGAUUGAGGGCAAAUUCUGACAUAAUAUGGUCUUCACUUUGUAAUGUUUUUU